UCAUCUCUUGCUCACCACUUUUCUUCAAACUCUCUUUCUCUCUUUCUUCCUCUCUCUGGUUCCCUAGAGUUUGAGCAAAAUAUCAACCAUAAUUGCUAUUAUUACUGGAGAAACACACAAGUAAUCGUUGCUUCGAUCCUUUGUUGCAUGGAUGGAUCCUCCACAGGAAAUCUCAAACGAGACCUUGGAAACUAUAUUGGUAAGCUCAACAAAAGGAAGCAAUAAUAACAAUAAGAAAAUGGAAGAAGAAAUGAAGAAGAAAGUAUCAAGAGGAGAAUUAGGAGGUGAAGCUCAAAAUUGUCCAAGAUGUGAAUCUCCAAACACAAAGUUUUGUUACUACAACAACUAUAGCCUCUCUCAACCUCGUUACUUUUGCAAAUCUUGUCGGAGAUAUUGGACUAAAGGCGGUACUCUUCGUAACGUUCCCGUUGGUGGUGGUUGCCGUCGAAACAAACGAUCCUCUUCCUCAGCUUUCUCCAAGAACAACAAUAAGUCUAUUAGUUUCCAUAAUGAUCCACUUCAGAACUCUUUAAUUACGGGAAUGCCACCAUCAUCUUUUGGUUAUGACUCCAUUGAUCUUAACCUCGCUUUUGCUACUCUUCAAAAGCAUCAUUCAUCCUCUCAGGCUACUACGCCUUCUUUUGGGUUUGGAGGUGAUCUUUAUAUUUAUGGAAACUCAGCCAAUGAUGUAGGGAUCUUUGGAGGACAAAACGGUAAUUUCAACAAUAGCUUGUGUUAUGGGUUUAUGUCCGGAAAUGGUAACAAUCAUCAAAAUGAAAUCAAGAUGGCUUCUACAUUGGGGAUGUCUUUGGAAGGAAACGAGAGAAAGCAAGAGAAUGUGAACAAUAACAACAAUAUCUCAGAGAAUCCUAGCAAGGUCUUAUGGGGAUUUCCAUGGCAGAUGACCGGAGAUUCUGCCGGAGUUGUACCGGAGAUUGAUCCCGGAAGGGAAAGCUGGAAUGGAAUGGCUUCAUCUUGGAACAAUGGUUUACUCAACACUCCUUUGGUCUAGAAGAUCAUUAAUAAAUAAUUAUAUAAUAU